AGGAGAACAGUGUAUUAUAUUGGUGUUUAGAAGAAAAAAAAAAGAAGGAGAAUAAUGAUUGUAAAUAGAAGUAUAAAAGUGGUGUACACGGCGGGAGAAAAAAAAAGCAACGAAUGAUGGAAAACGUCAUGCCUUAUACUACUUCUUACCAGUUAGACCCAUAAUACUUUCAAUGCCAUUCAUCCCAAAGACUUGGCACUCGUCGACUGCCUGAUUCGGGGCCACGGAGGGUCCAGAGAAGUUCUCAAAAUUCCCAUGAGUGAGAUGUUUUGCAGGCUAAUCCGGCGGUCUCUCUCUUUGGGUUGGAAAUUAAAGUGAGAUUGCGGGACAAUAUUGACGUAGACUAUUGGGUAUGGUAUGCAUUUUGAUUGAGUCAGUUCUGAACACAACAAUUCCGGUUUGAUCCAAAUUUAUCGGCCACGCAUCAAACCUUCAUCUCUACGCCAAGAGACUUCUCUCCGUUAUGGAUUCAGCUCCAAACACUUCCAGCAGUAUUCAGCCUCAUCUUGGCCACUCAACACCGCAUUUGUGAGGCAACAUCACGAAAAUAUCUAUUUCAUUCACCCCCGCCUGUGGUGUUAUGCUCUUGCUGGUAAAAGUCAUUUAUUGAAAUUGACGAAAAAUAAAAAAAAGGGAGGGUGCCAAUUAGGAGGAGCGAGGACGAAAAGGUGCUAUUUCGGUUGCUCGGAGCUUUUUGUUAGAAAGGAAGCAAAAAUUUACCGGUGUGUGCCAUCGUCAUUCCUCAAGUGGUUAUCAUAGAGCAAACGUUUGCUCUCGUGAUAAGGCCAUUAUAAUAAAUGUGAUGAAAGUGCUACUGACUCUACGAAUCAUUUCGCUGUUUAGUGCGGAGGAGUAUUUUUAACCACAUGACCGUUCUCGCGAUCAUCUCCGUAAGAAUCCUAACUGAAAGAAAAAAAACUCACAUAAUUUUCGUGCAGUGAACUAAUAAAAGUAAACAUCUGUGUGUGCCUCAAUUGAGAUCGAUAUUCUUCAAAAAUGUUUGUGAUAAGUCCCAUGAAGACCUUCCUGUUAGUCGCUGUACUUGCUGUGACCUUAUCUAUCAAAGACGUUUCUGCAAUAAAAUGCUAUCAGUGCAACUCAGCCAUUGACGUGGGAUGUGAUCUUAUUGAUGGUAAUGAACCUGAGAAAUUUGCACAUUUCUACAAAGAAUGCGAAGGGAAUUACGAAGGACAAACGCCCUUUUGCCGCAAAAUUGAAUACGAAUUACUGGACCGUGAGGUAGAAGAGCAACGACUCAUAAGGAUUUGUGGCUGGAUCCCAUCCAAUAGGAGAAAAUCUUGCGUGGAAUUCACGACGGACAAUCACUUCCAGAAGGAGUGUGAAUGCCACGACAAUGGCUGCAACGCUUCAACGCGGCUGAAGAUGUCCAUUUUUGUUACAUUGGCAUCGUCCAUUCUUGUAUUAAUACUUUCCAAUGCUUAGUUAAUAAAUUAAUCAUGUUAUUCAAAGUGAAACGGAAA